CGGGACUUUCUCGAGUAGUCAAAUGGCCUUCGCUGUUACCUUCUCCCGCAAGGCUCUGCAGGUGUCCGCCAAGGCCACCGGCAAGAAGGGCACCAGCAAGACCGUUGCCAAGCCCGCCCCUAGCGGUAUUGAGUGGUACGGCCCCAACCGCGCCAAGUGGCUGGGCCCCUACUCCGAGAAUGCCACCCCGGCCUACCUGACCGGCGAGUUCCCCGGCGACUACGGCUGGGACACUGCCGGCCUGUCUGCUGACCCGGAGACGUUCAAGCGCUACCGCGAGCUGGAGCUGAUCCAUGCGCGCUGGGCCAUGCUUGGCGCUCUGGGCUGCGUGACCCCCGAGCUGCUGUCCAAGAACGGCGUGCAGUUCGGUGAGGCUGUGUGGUUCAAGGCCGGCGCUCAGAUCUUCCAGGAGGGCGGCCUGGACUACCUGGGCAACCCGUCGCUGGUGCACGCCCAGAACAUCGUUGCCACCCUGGCAUGCCAGGUCAUCCUUAUGGGCCUGGUUGAGGGCUACCGUGUGAACGGCGGCCCGGCUGGCGAGGGCCUGGACCCGCUGUACCCCGGCGAGUCGUUCGACCCCCUGGGCCUGGCUGACGACCCGGACACCUUCGCCGAGCUCAAGGUCAAGGAGAUCAAGAACGGCCGCCUGGCCAUGUUCUCCAUGUUCGGCUUCUUCGUGCAGGCCAUUGUGACCGGCAAGGGCCCGAUUGAGAACCUGAACGAUCACCUCGCCAACCCGGCCGUCAACAACGCCUUCGCCUUCGCCACCAAGUUCACCCCGAGCGCGUAAAUAUGCAACAUGCAGCUUUGCGACUGCGAUUUUGGCCUGCUGACGCUGGCAUUCGUGGAUUAGCGGAGUGUUAUCCGUGCGAGCGCUAGUUUGAUGUGAGCUGUUUCUGUAACAUUACUUGACUGUGAAGUGCGUUCCGAGCGUCAAAUCUUCCGAUAGUUUAUAACGUUUCAUGUCACACUUCCAACGGAGAACCAGACAAUCUUAAACAAUGUCCUUGGAAACUAAUGCAUCCG